AUGGCUGUGUCUGAGAAGGUGGUGGUGAAAUUAGAGGACCUGGUCAGAUGGACGGUGGGCGACUCUUCAGGCUGGAGCAGGGGCCUGAAGGCCGUACCUCUAAAGCCCAGUGAGGUGCUCCAAGAGCUGGGGAAGAAUGGGCAGAGAGACACCCCCCUCCACCGGUACAGAGAGUCAACACUCAACAGCGGACUCAACUUCAAAGACGUGUUAAAGGAGAAGGCUGAACUAGUGUUGAAACCCUGUCACCCCCCCACCACCCCCAAACCCCCUGUCACCCCCACCCCCAAACCCCCUGUCACCCAAACCCUGUCACCCCCCACCCCCACCCCCAAACCCCUGUCACCCCCCAAUAGUGCCUUGAAAACACUGAUAACACCGACAACACCGACAGCACCGACAGCACCGACAUCACAGACAGCACCGACAACACCGACAGCACCGACAUCACAGACAGCACCGACAACACCGACAGCACCGACAGCACCAAUAGCACCGACAACACCGACAGCACCGACAGCACCGACAGCACCGACAUCACAGACAGCACCGAAAACACCGACAGCACCGACAUCACCGACAACACCGACAGCACCGACAACACCGACAUCACAGACAGCACAGACAACACCGACAACACCGACAACACAGACAUCACAGACAGCACCGACAACACCGACAGCACCGACAGCACCAAUAGCACCGACAACACCGACAGCACCGACAGCACCGACAGCACCGACAUCACAGACAGCACCGAAAACACCGACAGCACCGACAUCACCGACAACACCGACAGCACCGACAACACCGACAUCACAGACA